GUACUUCAACGCGCCGAAGAACUUUUCCUCGCACUGCGACGAACCGAUGAACGUCGCUGAUAUGCACGUCGUCACCUGCCGGACGAUCUGCCUCACCGUCAAACAGGAACUCUUCGUCAUGGGUAACAUUUUCCGGGGGUUACGGUGGAGAGAAGGGUAAUGUGGGUGAUGGAAUGCUUGGAAAAGGCGACUCUUGUGCUCUUAUUUUAUUACGGUAUGAAAAAGAGUACUGUAGGUGGUGCAUUUUCUGAGAGAAAGUUACUCUCUUCUUGCUUACGGUAGAGAGGAGGAUACUGUGCGGAAUGGAAUGCAUGAAAAAAGGAAUUUUGUCCUCUAUUUUAUUGAAACAGCUCAUUUCUUUCUCUUACGGUAAAAAAGAGGGUACGGUAGGUGAUGUAAUUUCGGAAAGAAAGUAGAAUUUAUUGAAAAAAGAUAUCCUUCUCUAUUUUAUUGAAAAGCUGAAAUUUUUUUAUUUUUUAACGAUAUGAAGAAGGGUACUGUAGGUGAUGGGAUUUUUGAGAAAGGUAACUUUUUAACUUCUUACGGUAGAGAGAAUGGUACGGUAAGCGAUGGAAUUUCUGAGAUAAACUGCUGAAUAAAAGCCCAUUUUGUGCCCUUUUUUCCGUCAUCUAAAGUCUAAUUUCAUUUUCUUACGAUAAAAAAAAAGUACUGUAGGUUAAGAGAAAUUUAUCGAUAAAAGUAGUUUUUUUUUCUUCCUGUAGAGAGAAGGGUACUGUAGGGGAUUGAAUGGCUGAGAAAAUUUGAUUGAGAAAAUAUGACUUUUGGGCUAUAUUUGAUUAAAAUGCUGGAAAAAGAUCACUAGAAAAUUUUAAUUUCAUUUUUUUACGGUAGGCAUGAGGAUACUGUAGCAUUAAACAGCUAUAAAAAAUUAUUUAUCAAUUUAUCUCAAAAAAGAAAAACUGAACAUGCUGGUUUUUAGAUCGUAGCUACUUAUUUUACAAUACUUACUUACUUACUUAGAUACUUAGAUGGUCCAUCUUCGCUUUCGACCUUUUAUUGCCUUUCAGUGCCUUUUAUUGAUCGAAGCGUGGACCACACGUUUUCCAGGAGGUCUUAUGCAAUCGGUCAUCCAGUGUUGUCGUCCUGGUUGACUGGUAUUCUUGCGAAAAAGUUCCAUCCGUGGUGUUGAACUUGUUAUAGCAUAAUUGUGGUCUUAUUAUCCUUUUUGCCUUGCCAGGGCUAAAAAAUUUUACAAUAAUCGCUUUAAAAAUAGUUGGAUCCUUUAAUUCUCAAUGAAGCGGAAAUGUCUCAUAUCGUUUCAAAACGUUUCAAAAUAAAAUAGUUGAUUAUCAGCAAUUAUUUUUUUUUUUUUGAGUUUGAGCUGACUCAAAAAGAAGAUUGCAGGCCAACCGACGGGCCAUACGCUGUACAUGCGCGGGUGCGCCCUAACCCUAGCCAAACGGGGCUUGAACAACCAUACGCUGAGCUUGUUCGACCGCUACGAUAUUUGCCGGUUAGUUUUUUUCCCAUUGAAUAAAACGACUCCCGACAAAGAGAAGAAUAAAUUUUGAACGAGGAGAAAGGAAUAAUAAUAAGCAGCUGGGAUAGAACAAUUGGCCGAGGAGGGGAAGAACUAAAUAAAGAAGGAACGAAGAAAUUGCAGGGAAAUGUCGGCGGCGGACCUUUUCCGGCACGAGCAGGCCGACUCGCAGCGCAUCCGCGUCUGCAGCUGUCUGGGAGACAGGUUUGGAACAUUUCCCGGGGUUCACUUGGAAAUUUUCGGAUGAAAUUCGAGAUAAAAAUCAAUUCAAAUUUAUUCUGACAUGGGAGAAAGGUCGAUGAAUUGAAAUUUAAUGAUACUAGGUACUUUCGGACACCCUGAAAAAACCUUGCUCAAAACUACAUAAAAUGGUGGAUUUCAACAUUUUGAGCGGUUUUUUUCAUUUCAUCUUAUCAGUUUUCCAAGAAAAAAAAUGGCAAAAAAAAUUUCACCAAAUGGAUACGAACCCGCAUCAUGGGUACCACAACUCAAGGCCGUUAGCCACUACACCACACUGCAUGCCGGCGGCUAGAGAUAGUCGCUGCACCAUAUUCCCUCCUUCCAUUCAAUGCAUUCUUAGCGUGCAAAAUUUGAGGCGCCAUAACUCGACUAGAACCAAGAAGGCGCACUUUUUUUCAACUUCUUUGGAUUCAGGGUGUCCGAUAGUUUCUAUAUACCAAGUUUCAUUAAAAUCUAAUACCUCGACCUUUCGCACUUCCCGUGAGUUCAGUGUUUAAAGCUUCUCUUGCAGGCAGGUUUAGGCCUUUUCUGGGCGUUUCAAAAGCUUAUUCGGAAGCUUUUGAAUGACUUCAAUCAACUUUUUAGUGAAAAAUCAGUAGUAAGAGCCAAACGGUUCAUUUAGAGGCUUCAAAAAGAGCUUUAAUUAUUUUUUUUUCGGUGAAAAUUCGAUCAAAAAUCCUAGCAGUUUCAGUAGUUUAUCCAGGAACCUACUUGAGAAAAAACAGUCCAAUUAAAGUAUUUCGGAGCUUUUUUCAAUCUGCUCUUUACAGCUGGAUGAGUAAUAUAUAACCCCCCCUGAUUUAUAGAGACUGAGGCUUUGAGGCUUUAAACACCCAACUUUUCAUGUUGGCUGAAGUUUGCUCGUUAUUGCUCAUGUUGUAGAUGUGUUCCCCCUCUUAUAUUUUCUCAGAAAUCUCCUUACCUGAAAUCUUGAAAUACACAAAUUUUGCAGGUGCAACUCGGCUUACUCCUCCUCGCAAACGCCUUCCCACACGGUGAUCCUCGCAUUGGUCGCCUAUUUGCUCUACACUUUCCGAUGA